ACCUUUGUGUUAUUAUCAUUAUUAUUAUUAUUAUUAUUCCAAAAAAACCAAAAAAACAAAAACAACCAGAUCCUUACAGCUUCAGUGUGGGGUUUUUUAAUUUCUCCAUGAUGGCUGUCCCGGAUGAGAAGCUGUUCCAUGCAGGGAACUGACAGGAAGACUUCCCGUGCUUCAUCCCUCUUCUCCUAGAGCUGCCUCGCCUCUGGAAUUUCAAAUGCCUGCAGAAAACAGCGACCAGGAGAGCAUGCUGAGCUACCAGAGACCCGGUGAGGAGGUCAUUGUUGAUCAGGGUGGCACAAGCUCAGUCUUCAACAUCCACUAUGAGAAAGAGGAGCUGGAGAGUCACAGGACUCUGUUUGUCGGGGUGAGGAUGCCCCUGGGCCGUCAGUCUCACCGCCAUCACAAAGCUCACAGCUCCAAACAACGCCGGAGAGAGAGGUCGAGAACGGGGAGCCUAGCACCCGAUACUGACCUUACAGACAGUGCUAACACCUCACAUGACACUCCAUCACAGAGGGUGCAGUUUAUUCUGGGCACAGAGGAGGACGAGGAACACGUGGCUCACGAACUGUUCACCGAGCUGGAUGAGAUCUGUGUUAAAGACGGCAAAGACGCGGAGUGGAAGGAGACAGCCAGGUGGCUAAAGUUCGAGGAGGACGUGGAGGAUGGAGGUGAGAGGUGGAGUAAACCCUACGUGGCCACUCUGUCUCUGCACAGCCUGUUCGAGCUACGCAGCUGCAUCAUCAACGGCACCGUCCUGCUGGACAUGAGAGCCAACUGCAUCGAGGAGAUCGCCGACAUGGUGCUGGACCAUCAGGAGGCAGCUCACGAGUUGGACGACAGCGUGAGGGUGAAGGUUCGAGAGGCUCUGCUGAAAAGGCAUCACCACCAGAGUGAUAAGAGGCGAUCCAACCUGCUGCCCAUGGUCAAAUCUCUGACCGACUCUGGCAGGAAGCAGAGCGAACCCCACUGCCUGGACAAGACUGGGUACGUCACAUCUUCUCAGCCUCCUCCUUUAACCGCCGAAGUGAAAAACGGGGCAGGGCAGGAAAACAGCCAAGUGGACCUCAGUAAGGUGGACACACACUUCAUGAAGAAGAUCCCGACCGGGGCCGAAGCCUCUAACGUGCUGGUGGGAGAGCUGGACUUCCUGGAGAAACCCGUCGUAGCGUUCGUCCGACUUUCACCUGCGGUACUGCUAACAGGACUCACUGAAGUACCCAUUCCAACCAGGUUCAUGUUCAUUCUGCUCGGGCCGGACGGAAAAGCCCAGCAGUAUCACGAGAUCGGACGAUCCAUGGCUACCAUCAUGACCGACGAGAUUUUUCAUGAUGUAGCGUACAAGGCUAAGAACAGGAGCGACCUGCUGGCUGGGAUCGACGAGUUUUUGGAUCAGGUGACUGUUUUGCCGCCUGGAGAGUGGGACCCUUCUAUCCGCAUCGAACCCCCGAAGAGUGUCCCCUCGCAGGAGAAAAGGAAGAUGCCUGGCGUGCCCAACGGGACGAGUGUCCCUGCCGAGGUGGAGACGCACGGGGAACACCACGGACCAGAGCUACAGAGGACUGGGAGGUUGUUUGGAGGUUUGAUUAUGGACGUGAAACGAAAAGUGCCCUUUUACCUGAGCGAUUUCAGAGACGGGCUGAGUCUGCAGUGUAUGGCGUCGUUCCUCUUCCUCUACUGUGCCUGCAUGUCGCCUGUCAUUACCUUCGGAGGGCUGCUGGGGGAGGCGACAGAGGGACGCAUCAGUGCGAUCGAGUCUUUGUUAGGAGCCUCGAUGACGGGCGUGGCAUACUCUCUGUUCGCCGGUCAGCCGCUCACUAUCCUCGGCAGCACCGGACCCGUUCUGGUGUUUGAGAAAAUCCUUUUCAAGUUCUGCAAAGAUUAUGACCUGUCGUACCUGUCUCUGCGCACCUGUAUCGGCCUGUGGACGGCCUUCCUGUGUUUUCUCCUGGUCGCCACGGACGCCAGCUCUCUGGUCUGCUACAUCACACGCUUCACGGAGGAAGCCUUCGCCGCCCUCAUCUGCCUCAUCUUCAUCUACGAGGCUAUAGAGAAGCUCAUACAUCUGGGAGAACUCUAUCCCGUCAACUCACACAGUGACCUGGAUAAACUCACACUGGCCUACUGUAAAUGUGCAGUGCCUGACAACCCUAGUAAUAAAACUCUGCUGAUGUGGACUGAGAGGAACAUCACAGCGUCUGAAGUGCCGUGGAGCAACCUCACCGUGAAGGAGUGUUUAGAUCUGCACGGCCACUUUGUCGGGACGGCUUGCGGUCAUCACGGCCCCUACACUCCCGACGUACUCUUCUGGUCAGCGAUCUUGUUUUUCUCCACCUUCUUCCUGUCCACCUUCCUCAAGCAGUUCAAGACCAGCAGAUAUUUUCCGACACGGGUGCGGUCUAUGAUCAGUGAUUUUGCCGUGUUCCUGACAAUCGUUUUCAUGGUGCUGAUCGACUUCGCCAUCGGGGUUCCAUCUCAGAAACUACAAGUGCCAAGCAAAUUCAAGCCUACACGGGAUGACCGCGGCUGGCUGAUUAACCCGAUCGGUCGGAACCCGUGGUGGACGGUUCUGGCAGCGGCAAUACCAUCCAUGCUCUGCACCAUCCUCAUCUUCAUGGACCAGCAAAUCACAGCCGUCAUCAUCAACCGCAAAGAACACAAACUGAAGAAGGGCUGCGGCUACCACUUGGACCUGCUGAUGGUGGGGGUGAUGCUGGCUGUGUGUUCGGUGAUGGGCUUGCCGUGGUUCGUAGCAGCGACCGUGCUGUCGAUCUCCCACGUCAACAGUCUAAAACUGGAGUCAGAAAGCUCUGCCCCCGGGGAGCAGCCACGAUUCCUGGGCAUCAGAGAGCAGAGACUAACCGGCCUGGUCAUCUUCCUGCUCAUGGGCUGCUCUGUGUUUAUGACUGGUGCUUUACAGUUCAUCCCCAUGCCGGUGUUGUAUGGAGUGUUCCUCUAUAUGGGUGCUUCCUCUCUCAAAGGCAUUCAGUUUUUUGACCGUUUGAAGUUGUUCGCAAUGCCAGCAAAACAUCAGCCGGAUUUCAUCUACCUUCGGCACGUUCCUCUAAGAAAAGUUCACCUGUUCACCAUCACACAGCUCACCUGCCUUGUACUGCUAUGGGUCAUCAAGACGUCCCCCGCCGCCAUCGUAUUCCCCAUGAUGGUGCUGGCGCUGGUCUUCAUCCGUAAACUGCUGGACUUCUGCUUCACCAAACGGGAGCUGAGUUACCUCGACGACCUCAUGCCUGAGAGCAAAAAGAAGAAACUUGAUGACGCGUCUAAAAAGGCAGAGGAGCAAGAGUCACAGGAGAUGCUGGUUGAUGACUCAGACAGAGGAGAGGAUAAAAACACGGUGCGGAUCCCCAUGGAGAGCAGCAAGCUACUGCAAUCUCCUAAAACACCAGACCCCAGGACUGACCCCUCCGACAUCAACAUCUCGGACGAAAUGUCUAAAACUACGGUCUGGAAAUCUCUUCGCUCCGAUCACAGUGACGCACACCGUGCAGCAGGGCUCAAAAAGGAUCUCCAGUGAAGAGCCACGCAAAACCUGCGAAUUCAUAACUAGUGAAUCAACACCGUUCUCUCUCUCUCUCUCUCUCUCUCUCUCUCUCUCUCUCAAACCCCCCCCCCCCCCCCCCCCCCCCCCCACACACACACAAAAUACAUACUACAUACCAUUAAUCCUCCUUAUAGCCAUGAGGUGAGAGUGUGUAUACAGUGUGUGUGUGUGUGUGUGUGUGUUUAGUGUGCGUAUAAAGGAGUACACUUCUCUACCCCUGAAACCAGGCUCCCUGUUUCAUUUUAGCACUUUAACGCCGUCUAUAAUGUCACAGUCGCUGCACCGAAAGUUUGUAUUGUAUUUAAGGCGUAAAGACUUUCGACGUAUACGAUUACCGCUGUGUAUAUACUGUUGAGAAUAAUCACCUCAGUGAUAAGAGUAACGUGUCUUGAUGAUGUCCUUUAGCCGAGCGAUUGAAGAGUUGCUUUGAUUUUUAGUGAUCCAAUUUGUCCGAAACAGGUUUCGGCGUCAGAAUUAAAAGCAAUUAAAGGGAUAUUCCAGUGGGGGAUUUUUUUUCUCAUGUGCUGUUCUGAUGUACAUGGAUAUUUAUUUAUUUUUAUUUUUUUUUAGAAAAACGGUUUGUUCUCCGUACUUUUCAUUCGUGGGAAUGACUCCAGAUCCGCCGUGACCCUGACCAGGUCACGUGACCAGUCCUGUUUAUUUUCACCACGCCCCCCCGCAUUAAUCUGUCUCUUCUGCUCAACACAUAGCUCUUAUUGUUAUUCUUACCGCGUUUGAAGUAACAGUUUAUGAUAUACUAUCGCCGUCGUUUUUUGCGACUCGGUAAUAGCGUUCUACUGAAAUACAUGCAUCACAUACACAAUUCGACAUCUCUCGUAGACUUUCAGUUAUGAGUGACUUUCCGGGUACGUACCGAGAAACGUGUCCGCUACAUACUACUUACGUAGACAUGACGUAAAACACUGGACUAUUCCUUUAAUUCUAGCAGAGUGAUAUGAUCAGUGCACUGAACAAACACCCGACAUUUUGAGUGAAUGCCUCGUGUUGGACAGCAUCGGAAAAUGAGCGAUAAAGGACAAUAAUAGAUCAUUACUGAUAGCCUGAAAGACUAUGAAUAAGAAACGACGUAAAACAUAUAUACGCGAAAGAGGCAAAUCGAUUUGAAUAAGGGUUGCCAAAUCUAAUCGGAUGAUUUAUUUCCACUGUAUAUGUAAUCUAGCACUGCAAGUGUGGCCUCAUUCAGUGGGUCAUUAAUGGCUUGGCCUCCAUGGUGGGAAUGGGUCAAAUGUCAACGCUAGCUUCGAUGGCGUUACGAGAAGCAACUAAUCGAAGGAAAAACUCCGCUCUGAAUCACACUAAAUGUGUUUAUAUUGGAAUAUUUGUGGUGUGUUUAGCGAUUACCGGUGCUAAUUUGUCAUUCGUGUGUCAGAUCUCUUAACGCGCCUACAAUGUGGUUUAAUAAGAGAAAAACUUUAUUUUUUUUAAAUAGAAGUGGGUCAGGUUUCACCGUUCGCUCCUAAAAACAAACGAGCAAUAUCUUCUUUUCUCACUCACCAUUUUCCACGUUGUAUUAAUGAGCGAUCCGGCGUAGAAUCGGCCCACGUGUUCGGCUCCCGUCACGCAACGCGGGUACGGCAGAGACCCGUGGCGCGAACGCUGAAGCUUUGAAAGCUGAGUUCUGGAGUUUACCGAUGAGGAGGUGAGAGAGCUGGACAGACUGCAGGAUUAAAGCGCCGCCGCGUCGGGUUUUCAGCUAGCGCCGGGUAAACCCCACCGCGGCAGUAUCCGCAGGUAAUCGUGGGUGACGUAGGAAUCCGCUAACCUCAGAAUCGCAUUACAGAAAAGACCUCGGACGUCACUAACGGCCGCGUGCUCAUUCUAAAUAUCGAUCGAUAUGCAAGCCUUUCAGGGUGGAGUUUUCCUUUAAUUAGGUGGUCCCGAUGUCUUUUUCCUCCGUCCAGACACGUCUUACGUCGCUGUUUCAACCUGUUUAAGCAUUAAUGAAGACGGAGAGAAAGCCUCCUCAGGGUUUAGAGAUCAGACGUCGGUUUAAAGCCACACAACUCAAUUUUUAAAAGCCAUUUAAAGGAAUACUCCGGCAUUUUUCAACCUAAUCUCCAUCCACUCUCUGUGGUGAGUGUGUGUGUGUGUGUGUGUGUGAUUAUAAUAGACAAGAAAAAAAAUCAUUUACCGCCAAACUCACUUACAAUGGAAGUCAAAGUGAAUGGAAUACAACGGAAAUGUAUUGCUGCACUUGGACUUCCAAUGGGAAGAACGCCGGAGUGUCGUUUAUUGACGUGUACAGGAUGUUUUUUAUUUUUAACCGUUAAAGCGCAGAGCAACCCCAUCAUGAGCCAAUCCAUAAAUCUCUACAAGUACGGUGCAGAUAAAGCCAUUAGAUUAGCAAGCACACUUUCUUCCUAAGCUUCAUAUGGGUUCAAGUCACAGGGUCAUGGAUUUUCCUCAAACCUCACGAUAAAGGGGCGUGGCCCCUUACCAUCUCCGCUAUUUACUUGUAUUAUAUUUUUUUAAAAUAUAAAAAAAAAAGCUAGGGGUUCAGCGUUGAGAGGCGUGUUUGAAAUUUUCAGGUCUGAUGAACAAUUUUCACCUCAGUAAAACAAGCUCUUGAUUUGUAGUCGCACUUUAUGUAGAUACGGACGCAGAAUAUGAGUUUCUAUUUUUAAGCCGACGGUCUCGGAGAGCGUAUCGGUGUAUUGCGAUUUAUUUUAGUAAAAAAUUCCUGUGUACAUACUGUAAUAACGGAUCGGUGGAGUACAUAUACGGACAUAUUUUGCUUAUGAUGAUAGAGAGACGGGUGUUGCUGGAGGAAUGAAAACUGGCAUUGCUGACGUCAAGCCGGUUAACGAUUGCGUGAUGGACGAAUGUAAAUAACGCUGCCUUCAAGUCCUGAUCGCUGGGCGAGCGCGCUUCGACGCCACGACGACGUCGUGACUGCACCUGGGGAACCUGGGAAAUCUGAGCAGUUGAAGGUUAAGGGCCUUGCUCAAGGGCCCAACAGUGGCAGCUUGGCGAUGAUGGGGUUUGAACUCAUGACCUUCCGAUUAGCAGCCCAACAUCUUAACCACUGAGCCACCACUGCUCGCGUUUCAUGACCUAAUCAUGACCUCGUACGCACGAGGUUCUGAACAGGAUUUGAAGGCAGCAAGUGUAAUGUUCUACGACAGGGUGUGUACAGAUAAAAGCUUGAUUACUAAUAUAACGAUAUCGAUGUCUGAAAUAUGCUUUAUUUCCAUUCUAGCUAACGUCCCGUUCGGUAACAAAUAAAACACUGUCACGGGAAAUGAUUAUUUUUCCUAGAACAGCUCGUCCCGAAGUGCUUUAUUCCUCUUAUACCGCAGCAAUUUGUGACCCAUUACUAAUUUCUAUCUACUGACCCAUCAUACCUGUUUAAAGUUAGAUUUAACGUCCGUGAAACAGACUAGUUCCUGUUAUCACUUGCGUUAUAGCAGCUAUAAACAUUCGUUCCCUCACCAGCCUUUCUCUCUCUCUCUUUUUUUUAAAGAAACGCCCCCCCCCCGCGCGAGAACCCACGAAACGUAACCUCGUCCGUCCUGAACAUGUCCGUACACUUUACCUCUGACUGUUACAAAGCUCUGACAAUGGAGACUCCUUACAUAAACGACUUCCCGUUAGUUAUUCGUCUUGGAUUGGAUUACGCCGGUUAUUAGUCCGCUGUACAGACCCCUCCGUGAAUAAGCGGUCGCCAUAGUAACUCAUCGUAAAAGACUCAUCGGAAUCAAGAAUCCCACAACAGAUAUUAAUAAAUAAAUCAAUAAAUUCAGACAGUAUGCCUCCGCACACACUCGCAAGCCGUGUGCGCCCCGCUACAGACAUCGAUGUGACAGAGAACGUCGGGAUAAUUUGUUAUUGUCGUGUUUAUACUCGUCUGGGGGUAAAAAAAAAAAAAAAAAAAUCGCUGGAAUCUGUUCCUUGCAACAAAAAGAAAGAAAGACAGGUUUAAAAAACAACAACAACAACAACAACAAGUUGGUUUCAUUUGAUUUGUGUGUCGUUGUGCUGUUCUGAGUGUUGUCGCUACUGUCCAUAAAAGUUUUUAUCAAAUGUAUCACGAUAUAAAAUCGCCGUCUUUUUCGAUAUUUAACCGCAACUGAAAUGACGCUAGCAUUUUAACGACACCGAACCUGUCUGAACGCAAUGUCUAAUAUAUGUUCGUCUGUUUCCAUGUAAUUAUUAAAACCAGCAGCACUUCGGUGUGUAUUAGUCCCCCUAUAGCAACGUUCACCUUGCUGUCCAGUACUUUAACUGCCAAAGCAGAGCCAGGAGAGUGUAAGUAAGGAGGGAGUGUGUGUGUAUGUGUGUGUGUGUGUGUGUGUGUGUGUGUGUGUGUUGUAGUAAGGCUCAGAUUGUCUGGUCAGAUAUAACCUGUCUGCAAUAAAUUUAUGCUUGGUUGAUAAACAGAGUCUGCGUUACGGGGUGUUUUCUUGGACGGAAUGUGUUGUGUGUUUAUAUAUUACACGUGUACACUCUUAACGGUUCUUUGUGGUUUUCACGCCUGGGUUCUGUGUAGAACGCUGUAAGAGAGCGGCGUUUUUUUCCGAUUUGAAAGUGACGUUUUUAAAGGAAUAAACCGCUUCCGGGGUGCACCGUUAUGGGAAAAUAAUCAACCGCAGGGUGGUGUGAUGAAGCCAGACCCUGAAGUUGAUUAGUUUCCUAUAACGGCACAUCCUGAAGUGUUUUAUUCCUCUUACACUGCAGCACAAAUUUAUUUAUUUAUUCAGUUAUUUUUAAAAAAACAACAACUCUUCAUACUUUUUAUCCGUUUCUAGUUACAUUUACUGCCGGGGAACGCGAGUUAGUGUUGAUUAUCGCCUACUUUAACGCACGUACGGUAUAAACGGUUGUUUGUAACCCACCAGCCUCUCUCUCUCUCUCUUUUUUGUGUUUUUUAAUAAGACAAAAAAAAAAAAAAAGUCACUGAGAAACAUCUCCUCUGUCCUGAAGAUGUCGGAAAACUUUACAGAAACAACGGCCGCCUUAAAAUGCCCUUCUUAACCUUCUGUCAGAGCUGCGGUGAUAGAAAAUGAAUCAACACCCUUCUGACCAAUCAGAUUUGAGAUUUCAGUAGUGCCGUGUUAAUAUGGGAAUACAAAAUAAUAAUAAUAAUUUUAAAAAAAAAAAUGAAUAACAAGAGUCGGUACCGGGUUGUGAAGAGGAAAUAAGAUUAUUUAUUUUUUUACUUUUUGGCGUUAUAAAGUGUAACGUACUUUUAAUCGCUCGUUUCUUUUAAAGUGUCCGUCGGUUAUAUUCCAGACAGAUUCGUAUCCGAUUCACCCCUCCCCCGAACAUUUCUAUCGGACUAGUACGUGUUUUAAAGCGAUGUUGUACUGCAUCAGACAGGAAAUCCUUUCCAAGCCUGCAGGUGCUGAGAGAAGAGGGCGGCAGAUUCCCUGG